AUGACAACUCGGCUGGGAAGUCGUGGCCACUUGCCCUCGUCCUUGCCACCGACGCUGACCCAGAAUCCCAACUCGGCGUUGCCCCCGAUCAACUCGCAUCGGUUCCAGCCAUGCCCGCUCGACCACGUGCUGCGCCAACAGGGUCUGACUAGGUAUCACCUUGAACCACCUUCAUGGCGACCACCUUGGCUACCUGCUCGAGGUGGAGCUGGAAGUGGGAGUGGGAGUGGGCCAGGAGGAGCUUCGACCUCGAGCUCGAGCUCAUCAGCAGCAGCAGCUGCUGCGUCGACGUCCAUCUACCCUCAGUUCUACGCACCGUGCGACGGACAAGAGGAGGACCAACUGACCGAAACCGCUGUCAAGACAGGAUUUGGGGGCAAAAACGUUGUGCAGGUAUGUCAGCUCGGCGCCUUGACCCCCAAGCCCAACACGUUGUACGGCAGAUGGUCUUGGGCUGAUCGAACUUGUGUACUGGCACAGACCGAAACCUUUUCGGCUCAUCAGCUCAUCUACGAAAAACUCAAAUCCGAAGACAUUUUGGGCAAUUUAUCCCGCUUGUCGAACGCCGUUAGGGACCGGGCCCGGCAGCUGGUCCCCACCUACGGGUCCGUCACUCGUCUCUCCUCUCGUACUCACCGGUCCGGGCCACUUACCGUCUAUCGUAAACUGAAUGUUUCGUGUAUCUUUCCGCAAUUAGUCCUCCGUCCUUCAAGCUUCCCAAACGCAAUAUUGUCACCGAUACCAAGAGGGAGCAAUGGUUCACCGACUUGUCCAAUCCGGCCGUGCCCCUUUCCAAACUCUUCUCGAUCGUGCCCCACGGCUACCGUGGACAACAAAUCCUCGAGAUGUUCUACUCCAAGAAGGUGCCAUUCUUGAGAGCGAUUUGGUUCGUCAGAGCAUUCGGUGCACUCGAGAUAGUGAGCAAACUUGCCCGGUUUUGAAUGGAUCUGAUUUCGUGGGACUGACCUCAAUCGUCAUAAUCAUCCCUGCAGCAAAACAACAUCGCGAAACGACCAGCAAGCGCACCUAGUGCAGUCGCCUCCUAUACUUUGGAAUGGACUCUGAUCGUGCAAGAGUUUGUGCGCAAGCAGCUUGCCGAGAUUACCACUGAUGAGGCACCAGCAGCCAGCUUGACCUCACCGACCACGGUUACGCAUCCUCUGCGGACGACGCUCAGUGCCAAAGCUCAGGCCAAGCAGCCCGUCAUGUUGGACAAUAAUCUGAGGAAUGCCUGGACCACAAAGUUCUCCUACACGUGAGUCUCGUUCUUCGUAUGAACAAAAGUGAGAAUAGGAACCUCGAGCCAACCCGCCGCUGCCCACAGUCUCCGCCUGCUCGAAGCUCUGUACGAGGAGCAUCUACUCGACAGCGACUCUUUCCUCCGCUUCUUGGUCAAUCAGAUCGAUUCCUCCAACAUUGGCCAGCUUCCUUUCGCCCUCUUCCUUGCCGAGGAAUACCUGGGUGAAUUGCUCUUAUCCGAGCCUCUCUCUGCUCGACUUAUAGCGGCUUGCUUCGCGCGGCUGGACAGCCUUGUGUCGUUAACUACGCCAGCUUCGAUCUAUUCCGCGACAACAUCAACCCUCACCUCGUUGAUCCGAUCAACAUUUGUAGCAUUACCGGAUGCAUUCAUAGCUGCACCAUUGUGGUCGCAGUACGCUUCCUCCCUGACGAAACUACUGGACGGCCUUGAGGAUCCCGUAUUGGUGCAAAUGGUUCGAGUCGACAUGUCCGAUCUCAAGGUUCGGUCAGAGGCGGCGUCAAAAGGAACUGAAGAUGAGGACUCGUCCGAGCCUGACGACAACGAAACGAUCCAAUUGCUUGAUUCCAUCGCUUUUCCGACGCUCUUGGCGCAGGUUCACAAGUCUCUGUUCCACAAGCGUCGGAGAAAGCGUGGUUUGCAGGUCGAGCUGCCCCUCAUGUUCACCUGGGCGACAUGCGGGGAUCGAGCAGGCCCAUACAGGCGAUACGCUGUUGCUGCCUUGAUUGCUAUGGAGAAGCAAAACAUGGGCGUGGACGAACAACCUCGCGUCGACAUCGAGCGAGUCUUCAUCGACUGGAUCGACUCAGGUGCCCGAACCGGCGGGGCGAGGAAAGCUAGCGAUGAGGACGCCGAGAUUCGGCUCUUACUCGAGGAGCUGAUCCGAUGCAAUGUUAUCGGAUACUCGUCGUAUCUGCAGCGCAUGAUAGCGAGAGGCGAAACUGAGGAAGCGUCGUGUGCCUCCAAGCCAGUAUGUAUUGCCUAGUCCCCCCCUCUUCAUUCCUGCACCUACGUAUACUGACUUCCCCACCUCUCUUCGAUGUAUAGUCGUCGUCCAUACAUAUCAAACUGCUCAAGACUGUCGCCUUACACGAUGGGUCUGGUCGACCGUUAGCCAAGAAGCGCAUGGCGCUCAAGGUGAGCUCCGCUAGUCGGAGCGAGAGUGAGCGCUUGCUCGGGGAUGCCACCCGAGAGCUAUACCGGCUCGUGCCCUCCCUGGUUGAUGGACAAAGUCAGUCCUUGCGGUGCUUGGUUCUUUUUGGAGCUUUGAUGACUCACGCUUGAGCAUGUUCGGGUAGGUCAUCCACUUGCAGCGUUACUGGGCGACCGUGACUGCACUACGCUACUAGACGCCAUCUCAGGCCUUGGCAAGAACGGCAUGCAUCUUGUCUUGCAGCGCGACACCAUCCCGGUGGGCUUGGCUCGACUGUUACGGCCCAAAGACGAACACAUGGCUCUCACAGCUGAGGAGCAUGCGAUACUCACCCAGACGUAUCUUGCUGUCGAAGAUUACUUCGGACUGCUCCAAUACAUUUUCGUAGUGUUGAUCCACGCUCCAACCCGCGAUGUGCUGUCGUGCGUGCUGGAUCUGAUUGAAGGCAACCUCGACUGCUGGACGGCAUUGGGCGCUCUGCCAACCCUUGGACAGGCUCUUUUGAUUGCUCAUGAGGGUCUGAAAUCGGACGGAAUCAACGACAGGCGCCUCAUAGCGCUGCUGCGACAGUUUGGGCGAGCGCAAUGCUUGGACGCCUUGAAUCUGACAAAGCUCGAGCAAGAUUAUCAGGAACUGGUCCUCGUGAGUGGAUUCUCUUCUCUCGAAGGAACUCCGACUCGCUCUUUGGGCUGACCUCUUUGUGUUUGUCUCGACAGUCUCUCUCGACUAGUCGCCCUCAACAGCAGAGCCUGCCAGCGGGAUUCCCCGAGCUGCAGGGGCUGCUGAUCGACAGCUCCCCUCAGGCUAUCGCUCAACUCGGAACGACCCUCUGGUACCGCUACCACGCCUUCGAGAACUGGGCCGUCAUUGCGAUCGAAAGCAGUGUGCAGCUCCUCGCGGGUGUCUCGGCAUCGACAAUUGUUCGUUUCUUGCGGGAGAUCAACGAACGACUGCCGACCGGACUGGAGGCGCAGAUCGGCAAAUGGAUCGCGCAAAUGCCCUCUUACUCGAUGAUUGCUACGUUUGGAGCGCAUCUGAGUUCAGGCGUCGCAAUCUUACUGCUAGAACUCGUCACAGGCGGAAUUCUCUCCCCUUCGGCACUCAUCACGCUCGUCAUUCUCCCUGUUUGGCGGACGCUGCUCAACGCCGCAAGCUCGCCGACCAAUCCCGUCUCGCACGCCCCGAUCCAAGGUCCGUCGCUCGAUGCGACUCUGUUGCAAGCCCUGGAUACGAUUACGCAUAUUUUUGGAAGUCUGAUCACGAGGUCUUCGCAUGCUAUUGGAGGUUUUGCAUCGACCGAAGACCCUUCUAACACGCCCGCUGCUCUGCUCCAACGUCAAAGAGGCGACAGCCGAUGCGCGAGUCUCUUCACCCAGGCUUCUCUAGCGGAGCUCGGUAAGUGCGUCGCGUCGCUUGCGGUCCAACAAGAUUUCUGGACUACUCUCGGGCAGCACGAACGUGCUCAAACAACGGGGAUGCUACUUGUGCAUCUCAACUCGUGGCCCGCGUUUCAGACCGCGGUGGUUCGCGACCCUCAGGUAUUUGCGUCGGCGGUCCUCGACACCGCAGCCGUGGGGGCCGCCCCGCUCGCGACGAAUGCGCAUCGUCCCAAGCUACUCGCAGCCCUGUUGUUGACUCUCAAAGACAGCAGCACAGCCAUUCCGGCAAGUCUCGUCUCAACCGAGGACUGGGAUCUCUUCCUCUCUGGUUUGACGACUUGGCGCCUGGCCGUGUCCAAGGUGGAGGUGCAAGCCUGCCUCGAGCGCCUCGACCUCGACCAUACCAUCUCCGACGCCGAGAAAGCGGAAGGACUCAACACCUUGUCGCGCCACUUCCUCGAUCGUGUCUGCUCGGGCGAAGGACAUACAUACCUCGGAGAGCAGAUCGUCAAGUGUUACCACGGGCACGCUUCAGAUGAACUCGUCAGCGUCGCCUUCAGCCGUCUAGCCGAGGCCGUCGAUGGACUCGCCAGGACCGCUUCGAUCGAGCGGCGCACGCACAGCUUGACAACGCUACGCUGUACAGGGCGCUUGCUCAAUACGCUACUCCAGUCCAGUUCCGCUUCGAGCCAGGUUACUCCACUGCGCCAAUUGCUGACGGCGAUCCGUUGUUGCCUCGAAGGGCUCGUCGAUGAAGGCGUCAAUUCAUCUCGAGAAGCCAUCUUGCAUUCAGCCCAUUUGCUCGCUAUCGCUCUCCGGUGCAGUACGACCGUGUCUCCAGCGGCUACCGAGACCGUGGACUUGUUCAAAGGAUGUCUGAUACCGUGUGCCAAGCUUGCAGCUGUAAGUCUACCGGGGAGUCUUGGCUCUGGUCAGAGUUUCGGGUCUAUCUUGCUUCCAGCGCUAUGCCUUCCUCAGCUCGUGCUGACGAGACAACCAAAUUAUCCUCGUGACAGUUAUCUUGUCGUGACUGUCCAAACGAUGUCGAGCUAUCGUCCGUGCUACUUGAUACUUGUUCCCACCUGCUGUUCGGCCUGACAGAUUUGGCCCCGUCCCUUCGGCUACCGUCCAUCGAGUCCAUCAUCGCGCCCGAGGUCGAGCUGGAUUCGCUGCCAGAAGCAGCCCUGUUGCGUCUCGAACGUCUAUUCGACGCAGCUGGCUCGACUCUCCCUGUUGCGAAUCCGUGGGAUCUCGUCGAUCAUGCCGAUCCGGGACCGCCUCAGACGACUCGUCACAACAGCGGGCCACUUGACCUUGCCUGGUUUGAUGCGAAAAUAUUGACCGUCAUUCCUCCACUUACGGCUAUGGACGUACACAACGGCCCGGCGAGCUCGGGCACGAUGACAAACGGGAACAGAUUCGCGGUGGCCGCAACACCCUUUAGUACCGCAGCAGCGCACGUCCACGCUAUUACCGGGCAUCAAGCCACGUUCGAGCGGGGUCGCCAAAGUAAUUUUGAUUUCGAAACCCCGUGCAUUGCCAUGAGUGUCGCCGCGCGCGAUCACCGUCGAACGUUAAUGGCGGCCAAAGCGCAACUUUCGAAGUACGAUCCGAACAAUACCGGUAGCGCUGCUCCUGCAGCCCACAGCCCGGCGGCGGGCGCCCCAUCUGGCUCAGCAGCUGCCCCGCAAGCCUCGACCGCGAUCUCACCAUCUGCGCAAGCCAAAAAGCGGGAGGAAACCCUUGCAGCCCUUGCUUCCGCUUCCGCUUCCGCCACAAUCAGUGCCAAACGCAAGGAUCCGCCCGAAGUCGUUGUGAUCGAUAGCGACGAAGAGGACGAGCCGAUCGCGCAGAUCGUGGCGGCGAAAGCACCGGCUGCCAAAAGGGGUCGCCCAAGCAACCGAGAUGGCGCGUCUGCGGCGCGAAAAAAGGUCAAGACAUGA